AUGUCGCGUAUUGGAAAGAGUACUCUUAAAGAUUUUCCAAAAAUUGAAUCGAAUAUUAAAACCUGUAACGUUAGGGUGAUAAAAGCAUUACAUUUUGUGGCUUUUGUUUGUAAUGUUUUGGAUUUAGACUAUUCCGGUCCAGAAAGUAAUGUUAUAACGCGUAUUUGUUCCUUCAUGAAUGACCUUGCAAUUAGUAACAAUGAUAAUAAAACUGAGGACGAGUCUAGCGACGAAGAAGAUGAAGAAGAGCCAGAGGAUCAUUCUCAAGAUGAAGAGGACGAGGAAGUACAAGAAACUACAAGAUAUACUACUAAAGAAAAAAAUAGAACAGAAAACGGAAGGAAUAAGAGAAAUUUGGUUAGAGUAGAAAAGCAAAAUGAGCAAAGAAAAAGUGAAGACAAGAGCCAAAGAAGAGAUUCUUUCGCACUUAGCUUCAGAGAUGUUGAGGACACGAUUAGACAGUUUGAUGGCAAAGAUGAUUAUCCUGUAAGACGAUGGAUUAUGGAUUUUGAAGAGAUGGCGGAAUUGACUGGAUGGAAUGAUCUCCAGAAAUUAAUUUUUGCAAAAAAAUGUUUGGGAGGAUUGGCUAAACUAUUUGUCCAGUCCGAAAAUGGUAUCAAUACAUGGCAUAAACUUAAAAAUCAUUAA